AUGACCUUCGGCGAAGAUUCCCGUCCCCUGGACCGCGACGCCCCAGAUGAGGCUUCAGCACUCAAGGCCCGCAAGGCUUGCAGUGGGCUAAAGGUUGUCGAGGAGAGACUUUCCAUUGUAACCGAUGGUGAUAUGGAUUUUGGUGCUGUGGGAAUGUUCUCUGGAGUUUCGGAGCAGUCACCAGAGCCAACCCCCGAUGGACCACUCUGGAAUGCGAUUGUACUCCUACAGAGAUGUUCACCAGCCGUGCCAUCAUCGAUUUGGCAACGUGAUACCAUAGAGUCGCUCUGGUCUUCCUUUCAUGAUAGGAUGCCAGGGCUGCACUUCAUGCCCGAUAAGCAAACAUUUUCGACCCCUCAACCAAUCUUACUUGCAUCCAUUCUCUAUUGUUCAAGCAGUCGAGGACCACCAGAUGUGUUAGAAAUCGCCCCCCAAUUCUUCACCGUCUUGUGCAACGCCAUCGCUCAACUAAGCAUCCCCAGCAGUGAGAUUGGGACACCUCGAGAGUCAACCGUCUCCCAAGAGGAAUGGGCUUUUCAGACUGUACUUGGUAUAGUCCUUGCUGGUUUGCUGACAGAGGGCAAUAUCAAGGAAACCGGAAACUGGAUUGCCAUUGGCUACCGACUAAUGCUGGACUAUUGUCCUGCUCAUGUUGACGACACGUCAAGAGAAUGGCGCAAGCUCUUCAGCGGUAUUCAGAUCGUUGACUUGGAGCACUCAUCGAUUUACUUGUCGUGCCCAGUGAUUCCCAUUGAAGCACCGUUGCCAAUUCUUCGCAUGUCACCUCUCGAUCAGCUAUACAAGCUUUCCCGAAUGAUGCACACGGGGUUGAGUCACUUUACUGGGCGGAGGCUACCGACUAUCUGGUCCUGCUUCCAGGAAUCUAGCCUGAGUUACCAUGGUUCAGCCACGAGCUUCACUGCCAUCGAUGGGAUUCUUAUCAAAGAUUGGGCAAAGCAACUAGAUGAUUGGCUCCAGGAGUUCAAGGGGAAGAUGACAGAGCCUGAUGACCAAAGCAGCAAGUUGGUUCUCCGCCAGUACGUCCUCCAUCGACUACUUGUGCUAUCAAUCUAUCAUCCCGCUCGAAGUGGCAAUCUUUGGGCGCAUAGUAUAACGUCAAAUGAACAGGAAGAGCUGCUCCUGUCAGCGAGGGCGACUUUAAAGCUUCACCAGCAUGAUGACUCCAUCUGGGCUAACUGGGACUUGAUCAUGAUAACCUGGGCGGCUUUGAUCGUUCUGCAAGGGUUACAAGGGGGAGUAGGGGAGUCAGACGACAUGAGAAACAUCAGGCUGCACCUUGAUAUCUUGAAACAGAAGAAUGAGCCCAAGCCUAGUCUGUGCGACAAGCUUAUUGCACGACUAGAGGACAGCCUCCAGGAUAUCAGCACGCCAGACUUCACUUAUGUGCAGCCAGGUCAUCCUACAGUUAUGGACCCUACGUUUGAUUAUUCUUGGCAAUUAUUCGAUCAAGUAAAUUUGCAGCAAAUUCAAUUUCCUGAGUAA